AUGAACAACUUUGCCUACUUCAUUCAGAAACAGCAUCGUCUUUGUAGUUUUUUCACACAAAGGCUCAGGCUCUUGGUUCAUUUUCUAGCCUUCCAUGUCCACCCCUUCUUUGUUCAACUGUGUUAUUUCCUGGUCCUUUCUCUGCUUGGUUACCUUGGUCUCAAGUUCUCAAAGCCAAGAACCCCCGUUAGACCAAAUGACUUAGACCUCUUUUACACCUCUGUUUCUGCUUCCACUGUUUCUAGCAUGGUGGCCGUUGAAAUGGAGGUUUUCUCCAAUUCUCAACUCCUUCUCCUCACCUUUCUCAUGUUUGUUGGCGGGGAAGUUUUCACUUCCAUGCUUGACCUACUAUUUGCUAGGUACAAAUUCACCCAGAUUGUUAAAAACAAAAUUAGCACCACUCCUUUUCCACCCUCUGAGAAGCCCCCAAUUCAUGCCAACCAUGUUGAGCUUAGUUUAAUUUCUGUUUCUCACUCAGAAUCGGAAAAUCACAAACCUAGUGACAUUAACGUUCCAAAGGGCAGGAUGGUUCCCUUUAAGGACAGUGAUAGACUUAAGAACAACUGUUAUAUCUAUCUGAUUUUUGUAGUUUUAGGUUACCUAGUGGUGGUUCAAGUUGUUGGCUUCAUUUUGGUGUCUCUGUACAUAACCUUCGUACCAAGUGCAACACAAGUCCUGAAAAGCAAAGACAUUAAGAUUGCAACAUUUUCUUUGUUUACCGUAGUUUCCACUUUUGCUAGUUGUGGUUUUGUCCCCACCAACGAGAACAUGAUGGUUUUCAAGAAGAAUUCGGGGCUUCUCCUCCUUAUCCUCCCAUAUGUGUUGCUAGGUAACACCCUUUACCCAUCAUGUCUGAGGCUUGUGAUAAUGGCUCUGAGAAAGGUUAGCAGGAGAGAGGAAUUCUCGCACCUGCUGAAGAAUUUCAAAGACGUUGGCUAUGAUCAUAUGCUCUCUGCUCUUCAUUGUUGCCUCCUGGUUGCUACUGUUUUGUGUUUCAAUCUUAUACAGUUCGUGAUGUUUUGCUCCUUGGAGUGGAACACCAAAACCAUGGAGGGUCUGAAUGUGUAUGAGAGAGUGGUGGGUUCCUUGUUCCAAGUUACAAAUGCCAGACACUCUGGUGAAUCCGUUUUUGAUCUCUCUUCCCUCUCUUCAGCCAUAUUGGUGCUCUUCAUUGUCAUGAUGUACCUUCCACCAUACACUACAUUUUUACCUGUAAGAGGACACGAAAAUGAUGUGAAGACAAAGGAAAGAAGCACAGUGGAGUGUGUUUUAUUCUCUCAACUCUCUUACUUGGUCAUGUUCAUUAUUCUGAUCUGCAUCACAGAGAACAAAAGCCUGAAGGAGGACCCCCUCAACUUCAAUGUGUUGAACAUCACCCUAGAAGUCAUCAGUGCUUAUGGGAACGUAGGGUUAUCAACGGGAUACAGCUGCGGAAGGCAACUCAGAAUCGAUGGUACGUGCAAAGAUUCAUGGGUUGGAUUUUCUGGAAGAUGGAGUAACAAAGGCAAGUUCAUCCUCAUCUUGGUCAUGUUCUUUGGGAGGCUCAAGAAGUUCAACAUGAAGGGUGGCAAAGCAUGGGACCUCUCCUAA